AUGAACUUAAAGCCUAGGAGUGAAAUUAAGACGAUUGAUUACCAUGUUGUUCGUUUUGAACAUCACAACUUCUUUUCUUCAGUUUGUGAAGUGCUGAAACGGGGUGCGGUGGCGUUAAUCUCUCCACUGGAUCCUCUCAUUCGUCAAUCAGUGCGGAUGGUGGCCAAACAAUUCCAUAUUCCCUUAAUCGAGACUCAUUGGGAUACCGAUCGCUCCAACUCUCGUUUCGCUAUCAAUGUUCAUCCUGCUCAUGAUGCAUUUGGCGAAGCAGUGUUUGAGUACCUCUCAAGCUACUCAAAGUGGACUCAUGUUGUUCUUAUUCUUGCAGAUUAUGGUAUUUAA